AUUUCUUGAGCCCGCCCGCUUCGUCAUCGCCACGGCUCCGAAACGCUCCUGCCAGUCGCCGCCAAGACGAAGCGAAGGUCCCAGAGACGAGAGGCGGAUGGCGGCGAACCCGUCGACGGACUCUCCGUCUCAGAGCUUGGAGAGCAGGCAGCAGAAGCGAAGACUGUUCCAGAAGACCGAUUGGACUCGGUGCAGACCCGCUUCUCUCGGGACGGGCGCUGCCAAUUCUGCCUCAGGAUCUGCUUACCCGGCGUUCGGAGCGACCACGGUCAUCGUAUCCGUGUCAGAUUCGAUCUGUGAUGGAUUCCUAUUCGAUCUACUCGACGCAACAAUUUGGUAGGUAUCAUGUUGACUGUUUUGUGAUUUGUGCGCUAUGACAUGGGCAGAUUCUUCGACGAACCAUUGCUGACGCUGCAAAGGCCAGAGUUGUACUUCCACAACCCACUACGGACUUGUACCGAACAAGAUAACGACAAUUCCACCAAUAGAUCUCUCCACAUAUCCACCAUCGCUCAAAAAGCAGCAGCAGAGUGCAUGAGAUGGUGCGGCAGCAGCAAAAAGCUAAAGCUGAAGCAAAAGUGUGAGCUUUCUUUGGUCUUGCAAUCCAUAUAGAAGUCACCCACUACUCACAUCACAUGCUUCCAGUGUUCAUCUCGUCUGUGAACACAGUUAUCUUCUUGCCAUUUCGUCUGUCGUAGAGCUUAUUCCAAGAUUCUUCACAAAGGGAUCAUUGGCUACAGCUUGGUGUUGUAGAUUCUGAGUCCGAUGUCCGGAAUAGAGCAGUCGAUGACCGGCGUCCACAGGCCGUCCGUGUCGGCGACCACCGUGGUCAUGGUCGCGGGAGUCAUCGCCUCCACCGCGCUCUUCGUCCUCGUCUUCUUCCUGUACCUGCGUGCCAAGCGCUACUGGGGCGCCAUCCCGGUCAGCAUCCGCGGCCGCUUGGCCGAGCCAGCGGCUGACCAGCAGCGAAGCGGCCUAGACGCCGCCGCCGCCGUGGGGGCUCUCCCUUCGGUAGUGGUCCGCGCCGGGGACUGCAAGGAGGGCCUGGAGUGCGCGGUCUGCCUCUGCGAACUGUCGCGGGGCGAGGCCGCGAGGCUGCUGCCUACGUGCGGCCACGCCUUCCACAUCGAGUGCAUCGACGCGUGGUUCUCCUCCCACUCCACCUGUCCUCUCUGCCGGAGCCCCGUGGUGCACGAGAAGCCCCAAGAGGCUGGUUCCGCCGCUGAAUCGGUUCCUGGCCUCUUCCACUCGGAGGAACCGCCGCCGGAGAUAGAGGAUCAAGCUGGCCGGAGCACGAGCCCUUCCGAUCCUCCUUCAGGUAGUCCGCCGGUUGUGUCGGUGUCUGAGACACCAAGAAUAGCAGUGGACGGAUUCCAAACCCUGAAUUCUUCGGCAGCAACGUUGAGGUCGUUGCGAAGGCUGCUGAUUUGUGGAAGCAGGACGGGCGGCGCUUCCUGCAGUAGUCGAGAAUGCGACGUCGAGCAGGGACGUCUUCCCGUUUGAUAAAAGGCUGCAUGAUGCAGAAAGCAUUGUUCUUCCACUGAAACAAACGAAGCUUUUCAUCAUCUACAUUUCCAUUACAUCUGUACAGUGUCUCAAGGCAUUUAGGAGUUGCAAGCAGAGGAUUAUAGCUUCUGCACUUUUGCUGCUUCUUUUGUAAAUCUAAGUCAAUCCAUGUCGGAACAUUUGAUACUGAGUUCUCUUUAUGGCAAAGAUCACUCGUGCUUUUCUUUC